GUAUUCAAACCACCAACCUAACCACGCCAUACAGUUAAAUAAAAUUUAUGUUUUCGUGCCCUUUAUUGGUAAACUGUGUAAUUCAAAUUUUUGCCGAACAUUUCACACGUAAUUGAUUUCCGUGUUGUUCAAGUUCGUCACUUUAAAUCCUCUCAACAUUUAUGAAACGUCAAAGAAAAAGUGGCACCCCUGCCAAACAAGGUUAACAAAAAGUGUCAGUUACUUAUACGACUCCAGCUUUGAAAAAAGUGAUUUAAAGCUAUAGAAAAGUUCUGUGAUAAUUAAUUUGAUGGUAUAUAACGUAAAUAACCCCCCUACAGCCGGCACCAUGUCAAACAAAUACGAACCCUUGAAACACCACGCGGAAAACUCGGACAGUGGCAGUGGUGACGACGAAGUGGGGCCCUACAUCAGUGACUUAGGGGCUAUUGAGUAUCCUCCCGGUGAACAUCGAUUACAACAUCCGUACUGUUUGUGGUUCUCAAAGAGGCCGUCACAGGUGCAGGGCUCACAGGGGUAUAGCCAGGCGUUGCGACUGGUAGGACAGGUGGGCACCGUGGAGCAAUGGUGGGCCCUUUACACGCACAUUGUCCGCCUCCAAGACAUACCGGCCCACCGCGACCUGCAUCUCUUCAAAAAGGGCAUCAAGCCCAUGUGGGAGGACGCCGCCAAUAAAAAGGGCGGCAAAUGGGUGAUCCGGCUACGGAAGGAGCAAGCAGGUCGCGCGUGGGAAAACCUUUGUAUGGCAAUGCUCGGCGAACAGUUUAUGGCCGGAAACGAGAUCUGCGGGGUGGUUGUCUCUACCAGGUAUCAGGAGUACCUUUUGAGUAUAUGGAACAGGACAGCAGCGGAUCAAGCAACGACAGCAAGAAUUAGGGAUGCGCUCAAAAGACUGCUUAAUAUUCCGGCGAGUGCCACCAUGGAGUACAAAACACACAACGACUGUCUUAAGGCGUCGAAAAAUAUACCGAAUAAUGCACUAAAGAGUUGAUGUCAGGGAGGAAGGAGUUAGGACUGGUUGUUUUAUGAAUUGACGACGUUAUAUUCAGAUUAUUGAAUUGUCAACGUGUUUGAGUCUGAGUUGUAUAAAAUUCUAAAAGUUG